AGGUCGGUUAGCAACAAAAAAAAUGUCACAAUCCAUGCUCAUUAUAUUCAUGUUUAAUUUGAGACAUCAAACUCCAUUGUCCAAGCUCAAAAUCAUGAAUUUGGAGCCAUCCCACUAGUGCAAGAAAAACUAUGGGAUCAUCAAUGAGCUUCUGUUGUUCAGAAAACCCAGAUGAAAGGAUGAACUCAAUUUCUGCAAUGGGUGGCAACACCAACUCAUGGAGAAUCUUUACAUACAAAGAACUACAUACAGCUACCAAUGGUUUCACUGAGGAUAACAAGCUUGGUGAAGGUGGGUUUGGGAGUGUCUAUUGGGGAAAAACCAGUGAUGGUCUUCAGAUAGCAGUGAAGAAAUUGAAAGCAAUGAAUUCAAAGGCGGAGAUGGAAUUUGCCCUGGAGGUUGAAGUUCUUGGUAGGGUGAGGCACAAGAAUCUUUUAGGGCUUCGGGGGUAUUGUGUUGGGAGUGAUCAGAGGUUGAUUGUGUAUGAUUACAUGCCUAAUCUUAGCUUGCUUUCCCAUCUUCAUGGUCAAUUAGCCGACGAUGUUCGAUUAGAUUGGAAAAAGAGAAUGAAAGUUGCAAUUGGCUCUGCAGAAGGGAUUUUGUACUUGCAUCACGACGUGACACCCCACAUCAUUCAUAGGGACAUAAAGGCAAGCAAUGUGCUUCUGGAUUCGGAUUUUGAGCCACUGGUUGCAGAUUUUGGAUUCGCUAAAUUAAUCCCUGAAGGCGUAAGCCACAUGACUACUCGUAUCAAGGGCACGUUGGGUUACUUAGCGCCGGAAUAUGCUAUGUGGGGGAAGGUUUCCUGGAGUUGCGAUGUUUACAGUUUUGGGAUUUUACUGUUAGAGAUCCUAACUGGAAGAAAGCCUAUAGAAAAGUUACCUGGUGGUCUUAAGAGGACUAUAACUGAAUGGGCAGAGCCCUUGAUUUUACAAGGCAGAUUCAAGGAACUUGUUGAUCCAAAACUUCGAGGGGAUUUCGAUGAAGACCAGUUGAAACAAGGCAUCAAUGUUGCAGCCUUGUGUGUGCAAAGCGAGUCUGAGAAGCGACCAAACAUGAAAGAAGUGGUUAAUAUGCUUAAAGGGUACGAUCCAAGAGGUAAAGAAAUGGAUUUGAGGAUUAGAAGUGUUAAAUAUAAGGAAGAACUGCUGGCACUUGACCAACCCAGCGACGACGACGACGAUGAUGAUGUUGACGAUUAUACUGGUGUUCCUGAUGAGAGUGAAUAUGGUAUUUUCAGUGCUCUUGAGGUGCAAAAAAUGCAGGAUACUUACAAGCACUACGGAGACAAGAAAGUCGAGAAACAUGUGUGAGAACUUUGAUUUACACUCUUUGAUUGUCGAUAUGGAAUGAUGAGAUUGAUUUCCUAAAACUUCUUGUUUCCAUACUUAUACUUGUUUUUGAUUUAUAGUCA